AUGGCAGAAACUGGUAGCCCUCAAUUUGUGAUAGCUUGUAACUCGUUAUCACGUGCUUCCUGCGUAAUUUGUUUAACUGGUCUAGCCAUAUACAUAUCUCUUCUGGUGUCAAUUUUAAAAUUUCCAUUUCGGAUAAGAUUCCAAUCAGAUUACAAGUGGUCAAUGGUUGCCAUUGUUAUCACACAGUCCAUUGGAGUUGGAGUGGGUGUCAUCUCCCCAAUGUUUAGAUGUUUUACGGUUGUGAGCUUUAUAUCUUUUACAAGGUGGAAUAGGAACCAUUUGGAGGUCUUUAAAGUAGAGAAGUAUUGGACUCAACAGUUGUGUGAAUGGAAAGAAAGUCAUAUAACAUUUCUAUCAAAUGGCCAUAGAUCAAGAAAUCUUAUACGUAAUUUGAAAAAACCUAUUCUAAGUGCUUGGAUUGGAUUUCAGAAGGUGGUUGUUGUAACAUGCAAAAUUAUAGGGCUCAUCCCCAUAGUGGUUCUACUCAUUUUCAUGUAUUGUUCAUAUUAUUUCAAGUCAAUAAAAGAAAUGAUGCUUAAUCCACCCUCAAGCACUCACGAUAUAGAUGAAGACCUUAGCAAUUAUGUUUUGUUACUUGAAGACAAUACGGAGUUUGCUGAAAUAACACUUAAACGAAUUUCAAACUCCAUGAAUCGCAUGAUGCAAAAGGCCGAGAAGGAACAAGACGACAAUCUCUUAAAGUUUCUUGAAAAAUCUAUUGGAUUCGAGGGAGUAGAGAAUUUUGACAUUUGUCAAGUUCAACCACUACUUUCUAUUGAAUUUCCUAACAGUUGGAGCUUACCAAUUGUCACCUUAACGUGCAUCGCCAUUGCUCUCCCAAAUAUUGGUAAGGAUGCAACUAAUAACUUGUUCAAAUGUGUUGGUGAAGGUCUUUUUUACACGCAUAUUGUUGAGGAAAGCUUGAACAAUGCACGUCAAUAUGUAAACAUUCAAAAGGCAACUAUGACAUUGUGGGAUGAGGUUGAAGACAAGUACAAGUGGUUAGAGAACACUUUGGAAAAAAGAGCUUAUGAAGGAAAAACAUCAAGAGAGAUCCUUGAAUGGUUUGCUAACAAAGCAGAAGAAAUUGUGAUAGAAGUUAGCAAAAGCACAAAUAUAGGAGAACCGGUGGAAUACCUUCCGUGGAAGUUGAUUGUUGCUAAUUCAAUGUAUCGAAUUACACAAACAAUCAUGUUUACCUACCAAAGUAACAUCUUAGAGAUCAAUGAAGAAUGGUUAUUUACACUAUUAACUCACAUGAUUGCAGACAUAUUGGUUGCUUGCUUCACCAACAUACCACGAGUCAUAACAAUGAAAUGCCAUGAAACUGCAAUAGAGAAACGAGAAGCUAGUGUUGAGGCUGCAGCAAAGCUUCUUGGUAGGACUACUGAGAUAAUAAAAAGACUUGAAACGUAUGAAUUACCAAACAUUCAUCAGGAUAAGAUGGCAUUUAUUGAUGAAUGGCGUCUUCAUUUGCAACGUAUCCCUUAA